GAAAUUGGAACUGCCAAUGGCGAACGAUGCAGAGAAAAAUGCAAAGACAUUUGACAAAGCUCACACAUUGAAAUUUAUUGUUAAAAUAUGUCACAUUCGAAGAAUGCACAUAAAUUAUCUGAAAUAGAUUCUAUAGAAACAUUUAGAAAAGGCAGACCAGAUGACGAAGGUAAAAUAAUUGAUAAUAAUAAUGAAAAUUGUAUAUAUGCUGUAACCGUCUCUAAGAAAUCAUCACUAACGGAUGAAGACCCGACAUUGGAUUUUGCACAGAAAUCAUUUAUAAGUAUUCAUUCUACGGAUCAGUUAUGUCAGAUACCGAGCGCCAGAAGUCAAUGCAGCCUCGAAGAAUGUAACGUAGAGGUGAUCAGUUUGAAUGAAGUAUUUCCAUCAACUUCAGAAGAAAGUUUCUCGAAUGAUGACGACCUACCUACGAAACGGGAUCAAAAGUAUACUAAAAACAAACAGCCUAUUAGUAAAAUACACAAAGAGAAUUCGAGAUCAUCAUACGUGCCGACGAAUAGUAAAUCUACUACUGGACCCGGUAGACUUAAAGACGGGAUGGACGGAGCGCCAGUGCGGUCAGAUUUUGAUAUACCCAAAAAUACGCUUCAUUGCGUAGGAAGUAAUCCCGGCGAGCCAAAAAUGACGUACCCGGAUCCACCGAAAAAGAUGUCCAAAACCAUGAAGAAACUUCUACGUAACAUCGACAAGCACAAGGUGGAGCAGAAUAGCAAGAGCAACGAGAAGGCCAUCAGCAAGCUGACGACGGUGCGCGGCAUACUCAAAGACAACCGCUGCGACCUCGAAUGCACCGGCGACUCAACAACACACGACUCGGACGACUAUAACGCAGCCGGCGAAACUUUAUCGUUAGAAAUGGAUUUCGAUUCACAAACCAACUACACGAAGCAUUCGCCAGAUAAAAAUGUAUCGUUUAAUACGCAAGUUGUCAUCAUUCAUUUCACGGGCGACCUUUGCGUCGGUCAAAGUAUCGAAACUCUUAGCAAAGAGAAAGACCAGCAGGCGAGGAAUUCGGAACUAAAGAAAACCUUCCUCACCAAAUACAACGAAUUCUGGCCGACGCAGAAGUAAAAUCA